CAACGUUUGACAUUUCCUAACGUCAUGUUUUUUGUUGUGAUAAAUUUCGUUCCUUCUUUACGACUGCAUGUUUGCUUUCGUUUAUCGUCCUACACAGUCAGCCUUUUAUUAAUCAGUAAAUUAUCCAGUCAAAGCGAAGACAAUGGCUGACGGUAACAGUUCCGAUGAAGAUUUUCCCGACGAUUGGAUCCUGUACGCUAAUCGGCCGGAAUGGAGUGACGUAGUACCUCUGAUGCAGGACGACGGCGAAAAUCCGGUAGUCAUGAUUCAGUAUAGUGAAAAAUUCAAUGACGUUUACAGCUAUCUGCGAGCGAUUAUUUCCAAGAAGGAAAAGACAGUCCGUGCCUUGCAACUGACACAUGAUGCUGCCAAGUUGAACGCGGCUAACUACACGGUCUGGCAAUACCGCCGGGACAUACUGAAAGCGCUCAACUCCAAUCUGUACGACGAGUUGGUCUAUAUUGAAGGAGUGAUCGAGGACAAUCCUAAGAACUACCAAGUUUGGCAUCACCGCCGGGUAAUCGUAGAGUGGCUGAAUGAUCCUUCGUGGGAACUUGAACUCACCGAGAAUAUUCUGAACAUGGAUGCCAAAAACUAUCACGCAUGGCAGCAUAGACAGUGGGCUAUUAAAACUUACAAUUUGUUUGACGACGAGCUGCAGUACGUCGAUCGUCUUAUCUCCGAGGAUAUGCGCAACAAUUCGGCCUGGAACGAGCGUUUCUUCGUUCUUAAGCACACCGGAUUCACUACGGAGGUGCUGGAGCGCGAGAUCAACUAUGUGAUGAAUCGUAUUCGGUUGAUCAAAAACAACGAAAGUCCAUGGAACUUCCUGCGUGGGUUGCUGCAGCAAGGGGAAGGCACCAUGGGCCAGUUCCCAGAGGUGGUCGAAUUUUGCGAGGAUUUGUACAACUCCGGGGUACGAUCGCCGUAUCUAUUGGCAUUUUUGAUUGAUCUCUACGAGGAGAAAUAUUUCGAAACCAGAAAGGCAGGCCAGAAUCCGGAGCAGUACCAGGUUAAGGUGCAGGAUCUGUGCGAAUCGAUGGCAAAUCAGUAUGAUCAAAUUCGCUGCAAGUACUGGCGGUAUAUAGCCGAUAAUUUUCGGAGGAAGAUCGAAGAAGAGGCCGACCAGAAUGGAUUGUAGUUUGUCGGGUUUAUAGUUGAAGUAAUUAUUGAAAGUGAUUGGAAGAAAAUACAUUAAGAAGUCAUGAUUGACGCUGUCGUAAAUUCACACCGAAAUCAUCAGAUUAUAUUUUAGAUAUUCGACAAGAUAGUGGUUGCCUUUAGAGAUGUUUUAGUCUUGCAGUGGUAAGCUGUAACUGAUUUCACAAAAACAAUCUCAUGUAUGUUGUAAAAGUUUUUGUGUGAGCUCAAUUUUCACACAGCUAGUACCAAAAGCAGUUUUUUGUGUUCUACAGUUGUUUGAAUUUGCUACUUGAAAGAAUCAAGACAUUUUUGCGAGAGCCCAUCAGAUCACUUAUAUUGAGAAGGCCUGGCAUUACCAAUUCCAGACCUAAGAGGAUGUUUGUACCGAUUCCUAAUUUCUACAACACAGUGACUAACACAUUUACAUAUUAGACUUAGACUCUACGUUAUAAACUCGAUAUCUGGUCACCAUGAAACUUCUGGACCAUCUUGUCACUAGCACAUGAAGUCAAUUUCAAAAUAAACUACUUGUUUUCUUUA